CAUGAAACGGCUCCCAGGGAUCUACGUCCUCAUGCCAAGGAAAAGGAAGAAGGACUACAAGCAGAUAUAAAAACCCUUCUUAAAUAAGAAAAAAAUAAUCAUUUUAUUUUUAUUUCAAAAAUCUAUACUUUAUUUAAUAUAAAUGUUGUUUUGCUUUCAGGUGUUUGCCAGGAUUUUGGAGCUGCUGCCAUCGCUCCCUGUCACCUAGUUGUUAGUUGCAGACUUCGAGGAGGGAAUGUGGAGAGCUGCGAAGUCUAUGUUGCGUGGCAUCCGGAUACACGGUUGUGCUUUUCACUGGGGACAAGCAGUAUGGCGUCAUGUUCAGGAGAUUAGAUUACAGAUGGACUACAGCCAGCGGGAUGGUGUAUUCAAGUGUUAGGAAGCUGCUUGCCCUGCCAUUUCUGCCAGAGGAACAGAUUCCUGUCGCGUUCAACACACUGAAGGAGACCGUCACCAGCGACCGACUGAUACAGCUGACCAACUACAAAGAGAGGACCUGGAUCAACGGCGACAUCUGGACACCAUCAUCUUGGACCGUCAACCGUAUGGCUGUGAGGACAAACAACGACGUCGAAGGAUGGCACCACCGCAUCAACAGGAGAGCCCAGAAGUCCAACCUGCCCUUCUAUGUGCUUGUGAUUCUUCUCUUCAAGGAAGCUGCCUGCAUCCCGAACCAACUUAAGAUGAUCAGCGAGGAAAAACUCCGGAGAUACCAACGAAAGACUACAAGACUUCUACAGUGCCGCAUCAACUAACUCUGGGACAACUACAACGAUGGAUCCAUCAGUGCCAGCAAACUUCUGAAGAAAUGUGGACAGAUCUACAACGGA